AUGACUUUAACUGGGGUUAAAGCUAAAGAGCUCCUUAUGUGGUUAACACUUACUGAAAUCUGUGUGGAUGAUCCACCAACUGGAAAAAUCCAUUUCAAGGCUACAUCUGGACUUUCUAGGACUUUUCCUGUGUCAGCUUUUGAGGUUGAUGUGCCCAAGAAAGAACAAGUAAAAGAAGAAGUCAAAGAAGAUGUGAAUGAAGUUGUGAACAAGGAGAACAAAGAAGUGAGUGUUGCUGCUGCUGCUGCUGCUGCAGUGGAAGUGAAAGAGGUGUAAGAAAAAACUAUUGUUUGCUUGCAUCCAUAAUUAAUCUAAUUAUCUUUGCUUAUUGAAAAAGAA